AUGUUUACCCACAUAGAAACUUAUAAUCCUUCUUUGUCUACUCAGUCUCCAGAAGAGAAGGAUGGGGCUAAAAUACCACCAGUCUCACCAACACUGUCUCCAGAAGGGAAGGAUGGGGCUAAAAAACCACCAGUCUCACCAACACUGUCUCCAGAAGAGAAGGAUGGGGCUAAAAUACCACCAGUCUCACCAACACUGUCUCCAGAAGAAAAGGAUGGGGCUAAAAAACCAACAGUCCCACUAACAUUGUCUCCAGAAGAAAAGGAUGGGAAUAAAAAACCAAAAGUCCAACCAACACUGUCUCCAGAAGAGAAGGAUGGGGCUAAAAUACGACCAGUCCCACCAACACUGUCUCCAGAAGAAAAGGAUGGGGCUAAAAAACCAACAAUCCCACUAACACUGUCUCCAGAAGGGAAGGAUGGGGCUAAAAAACCACCAGUUUCACCAACACUGUCUCCAGAAGAAAAGGAUGGGAAUAAAAAACCAAAAGUCCAACCAACACUGUCUCCAGAAGGGAAAGUUGGGUCUAAAAAACCUACUGUCCCACAAACACUGUCUCCAGAAGAGAAGAAUGGGGCUAAAAUUCCACCAGUCCCACCAACACUGUCUCCAGAAGAGAAAGAUGGGGCUAAAAAACCAACAGUCUCAGCAACACUGUCUCCAGAAGGGAAAGAUCGGUCUAAAAAACCAACAGUCCAACCAACACUGUCUCCAGAAGGGAAGGAUGGGGCUAAAAAACCACCAGUCUCACCAACACUGUCUCCAGAAGAAAAGGAUGGGAAUAAAAAACCAAAAGUCCAACCAACACUGUCUCCAGAAGGGAAAGUUGGGUCUAAAAAACCAACAGUCCCACAAACACUGUCUCCAGAAGAGAAGAAUGGGGCUAAAAUUCCACCAGUCCCACCAACACUGUCUCCAGAAGAGAAGAAUGGGGCUAAAAUACCACCAGUCUCACCUACACUGUCUCCAGAAGAGAAGCAUUUGGCUAAAAAACCAACAGUCUCGGCAACACUGUCUGCAGAAGAGAAGGAUGGGGCUAAAAAACCAAAAGUCCCACCAACAUUGUCUCCAAAAGAGAAGGAUGGGACAAACAAAUCAACAGUACCGUCAAAACUGAUGGUCGAGAUGUGCCAGGAAAUUUGUAAGUGUAUCUCAGCGUCAGUUCUUCAGAAAUUCGAUGAGCGCAUUGACGCCCUUGAAGCGAAGUUCCAGUCUAUCCUUGCUGCACAGACUGACUUGCAGAACCGCAUGGUCGUUCAAGAAUUAGCAAUUAGCGCUCACAAGAAGCGUCUGGGGAAACUUGAAACGAAACGUGCGGAGCUCACAAAACUUGUAACCCAGCAGCAAGCUAAGGUGCUGGAUUUGAAAGCUCGCUCCCGAAGACAUGCCAUCAAAAUUGUUGGCACAAAAGAAAGCUCAGAAGAAGGUAGACCAACUGAAUUUGUCUCUAAGCUUAUCCCCAAACUACUUGGCAGACAACAUUUCCCACAUCCACUGAAGGUUGAACGCACACACCGCUCUCUGUGGCCCAAGCCAGCGGUGGGUGAGAAACCGGAUACCAUCAUUACCCGAAAACAUCACUUCCAGACGAAAGAGCAAAUCCGACACCUUUCCAGAACGCAGCUGUUGGAAUAUAAGGGGAACAAAGUUCUGAUUAUCCCAAACUACACCAGUCAGGUAAUGGGCCAGCGCCGCACCUUUCGGAACGUAAACCAAGCCUUGAGAGGGGAUGCGGUCAAGUUCCAGCUGUGCUACCCGGCCCGGCUGCAGGUGCAAUGGCAGUAUGAUAACCCCCCUGAGGAAUUCAAUGACCCAGUUCACUCAGGGAGGCACGACUGAAAAGGAAUAGUGAGCCAUGUGAUGUUUUUCUUUUUUCUUUUUCCUCUCUGUUGUCUUAAGGUGAGCUAAUUCUCUGUUGUUACCCAUGUGGGUGAGUUUAAUGACUUUCAGGACAUUGUCCAAUGGUGAACUUUGACCUCGUGGGCAGCUGCAGGGGGUUAGGGGUCCUCUGCUGCCAGUCUCCCUGCAGGCCAGGCAGGAUGUACACUGGAACAACACGAGCUGCUUCACUCAGCCAGGACCAGAGCGCCUAACCUCUUAUGUUAGGAUUUUGUGCUCAUAAUUCCACAAUAAAACUGUAGGGAUGUGGAUCAAACACUACAUAUUCUACAGAGGUAAACAUUAGAGUUUGUGAAGUCUCUAAGGCUCACAGAUCCCUUUAUCUCCAUUGUUGCUGGCUGCAUGGAAGGUCUGACUCCUGCCUGCUGAAAUGAGCAACUCUGCAGGACUGCAAAUACAGCUGAGUUGUUCUUUUCACCAUGCACACCUUUUCUACUGUUACUCUGGGCAACUGCCAAUAUAUGAAACCACUGAUCUCAACAUCCAUGAUUUCAGAUGGAAAGGUCAUAACAAAUGUAUAAAGUCAAGGUAAUAUUCUAAUGGGCUUUCAUUAAAUAUAAGCAGAAAAUCAACUUUAACAGAAAUAAAGACUUGAAAACAUCA